AGCGUUGGGUUAUGGUUAUCUGAUAAAACCAUCACAUAUGUUUACUGUGUACUGCUAAGUAGGCAACACGCAUGGUAUUAAAACAGCACCGAAGAAUCCCGCCCAGUAGUAUUUGAGCAAAACAUCGGCUAUGUGAAACCUUACCAUCAGAUCUCCAGUGCACACAGACGCAGUUUAUCAUGCUGUAUUCUCUAGGAAGAGCCGAGCGCGUCGGCAGAAAAUUAGCACCUUUUCAUGAAUUCGUCGUGCGGACUAUAAAGUCGAAGCCUGCUGAUUUAAAUGUGCAAAGCGCAACAGCAGGGACCGGAAAAUAUAAAACUAUAGAUGACUUACCGGGGCCCAAUCUGGCCACCACUGCAUACUGGCUCUUCGUUAAAGGAUACGCCGAUAAAAGUCAUGCAAUGCAGGUGGAGCACAAGCGCCUGUAUGGCCCCAUCUGGCGUUCUCGUUUUGGUCCGUUUGAUGUGGUGAAUGUGGCGAAUGCAGACCUCAUCGCCCAGGUGAUCCGGCAGGAGGGCCGGUACCCAAUACGGUCAGAUCUUCCCCACUGGAAAGAGUAUAGAGACAUGAGAGGACAAGCGUAUGGAAUUCAUGUGGACACAGGCCCUGAGUGGUAUCGCAUCCGUAGCGCUCUCAAUCCUAAAAUGCUCAAACUGAAGGAAGUAGCCGCAUACACGCCCAUCAUUCACGAGGUCGUGUCCGAUCUGCUGAAGCGCGUGGAGCUUCUGCGUCUGCGCAGUCACGAUCAGGCCACUGUCACCGACGUGGCUUCCGAGCUCUACAAAUUUGGCUUUGAAGGAAUCUCUUCUAUCCUGUUUGAAACACGACUGGGCUGUCUACAGGAGGAAAUACCCACAGAAACACUGCGCUUCAUAUCCGGCGUUAAUGACAUGUUGACACUUUCAGAGACCGUCCUGUUUUUCCCACGCUGGACCCGAAGCUUCCUCCCCUACUGGAAACGGUUUGUCCAGGCAUGGGAUGACUUGAUUGACGUAGCACGCUGUCUGAUUGACAAGAAGGUCCAGCAGAUAGAAGAUCAGGUUGCUCGUGGAGAGCAGGUGGAGGGGAUGUAUCUCACCUAUCUGCUGUCCAGCAACAAACUCAGCUUAGAAGAGAUGUACAUCAGCCUCACAGAGCUUCUGCUGGGAGGCGUGGACACGACCUCUAACACACUUUCGUGGACUUUAUACCACCUGGCGCGCGAUCCAAAGAUACAGGAGCGACUCUAUAAUGAGGUCAUGGCUGUGUGUCCCACUGGUGAGCCCACUACAGAGCACCUGACCAGAAUGCCUUACCUGAAGGCUGUCAUCAAAGAAAUUCUCAGGUUAUAUCCUGUUGUUCCUGGUAACGGCCGCCUGACUGUGGAUACUGAAGUAGUCGUCAAUAACUAUUGGUUCCCUAAAAAGACGCAGUUUCAUCUCUGCCACUACGCUGUCAGUCACGAUGAAAAUGAGUUUCCCGACCCAGAACGCUUCGUUCCAGAGCGCUGGCUGAGGGCGAACGCGGCUCGCUCCCAACAUCAUCCCUAUAGCGCAAUCCCGUUCGGUGUUGGAGUGCGGGCCUGCGUGGGGAAGAGAGUGGCCGAGCUGGAGAUGUACUUUGCUCUCAGUAGACUGAUGCAACGCUAUGAGGUCAGACCAGAGGAGGGGGCUGGAACGAUACAACCCAAGACUCGAACUCUGCUGAUUCCCGCUGAACCCAUCAACCUUCAGUUUGUGCCCCGGGCUUAAAGGGACUUUAAUUGUGUACUAUUAAUUCAUUUAAUAUGAACUUCUUUCUGUGAAUUGGAGUCUUUAGAGGAGGGAAGACAUGUGGACGAUCAAAAAACAUAAUGAAAUGAGGUCAGAUAUUUGAACCGAUAUUGACAGCCAAGGCGUGUGGAGUCAGAUGAUAAACUUUUCUUGCAAAGUCAUUAUUUGCAGACUAAAGGAAACGAGAUCUUUUGUCUGCAGACAUGCUAGAUAUACAGCUUCACAAAACCGCAUCUGUCAGAGAGUCUGAACGAGCUCGACGUUUUCCACUUUUGCUGCAUUUUAGAUCCACUCAAUGGUAAAUUUAUGGAAUAAAUAUUGACGACAUAAACUUUACAUCAAUGUGAAUAUUUAGCAUUUGGAAAUACACUUUUCCUAAAUAUUUGCUUAAUAAUAGGCAGGAAGUAAGAGAGGAAAUGAUUGUGUAUUUGAGCAAGACUGUGAAGGCUUAAGAUAAAAAUACAAAAAUAACUAAAUGCAUAACUAGAAAUUUUCAAAUAAAAUAACUAUAAAAGGUAACUGUAAAUGUAUGUGUAAAUAAACCGGCUGCAAAAUUGCUAGAUUUUCUUUUAAACAUCAUACUCGUUUCGUUUUCAUGAUAAUCAUUGUAAUAUGUAUAAUAGACUAAGUAUUUACAGGGCUAUUUCAGUUUUUACAAUGACAUGUGACCCUGGACCACAAAACCAGUCAUAAGGGUCAAUAAAGAAAAAUGGAAAACAAGCUUUCCAUUGAUGUAUUGUUUGUUAGGAUAGAACAAUAUUUGGCCAGGAUACAAAUACUUGAAACCUGGACUAUGAGGGUGCAAAAAAUCUAGAUAUUAAGAAAAUUGCCUUGUUUUCCAAAUAAAGACCUUCACAAAAAAGUUUUGAUAUAUUUAUGGUAGGAAAUUAUACAAAAUAUCUUUAUAAGCAUGAUCCUUACAUAGUAUCCUUAACAUUUUUUGGCAUAACUGAUCAUCUUUAUUGUUGGCUACUGCUACAAAUAUACCCCUACGAUUUAUGAUUGGUUUUAUGGUCCAGGGUCACAAACGUUACUUUUAAGGAAGUAUAUAUGCAGUUAUUUGUUGCGCAAGAGUUUAUAUAAAGACAUCCAGAUCUGUUGAAACAUCUUGAGCAACUGAACCACAAUGCUCUUUAAUAAACUUUAGUAACUGUGUAAUGUUGUUGUUAGAGGAUAAAUAAUACCUGUAAAGUUACAGCAAACGUCCAGUUUAGACUACAGCCCUCUACUUCCCGGUUGAAUGACGUCAAAAUUAAAGUGUUUGAAUAAGCUCCGCCCACAGGAAUACGUCAGAACUCGAUGCGUAUUUCUUAAGGCGAGACUUCAUAGAACAAGGAAUACAUCAGCCCAUUUUAGGAGUGUUAAAACAGCGCUAUAGAGAUAAGUAAAUUGUGUGAAAAAUACUACGUUUUUUUAAACACUAAACAUGAACACACCAUAAACACAAUCAUAGCUUCAAAAAAGCAGGACUUUUAAAAAUGAACGUGCUUGAUUUUAUAAAAAUGUAGGCAUUUAAUAAACUUUAAUAAUUGCAUUUUAAUUUUAUACAUGAUGCAUAGCAGGACUGAAAGCUGUUUUGCUGUUCAUUUUGAAUUUUAUAACCAUUUUCUGGAUUGUGCUAUUUUUAUAUAACAUUGUUAAUUAAAUAUAUUUUAACAGUA